AGCAGGUCUGUCCCAGGCACACACAAACCCAGAAAUGGGUCUGUCCUGUCCUGAGGCAGGCUCAGGUUUCCUUUCCCAGUUGAGGAGCAGAUGCUGUGCUUUCUCACGCAGAGCCAAGGGAAGAGACAGAAGCAAUAGCAACGUGACCAACUCAGGCAACACUGAAAAUGAGGAAGGAAGCCACACACCAAGAGAAAAACGUCUCUUUCUAUACAUUUCCCCACUCUUAUCAUUCUGCUGGAGGCUUCUGCUGGCAGAGGAGCAGCGGAUGAGAUGGGGACAGCCACAGAGGGCUCUGUGACAGCUGCUGCAGGUUUGCCCAGUCUGUUUCCAACGAUGGGAGACUCUGCAAGCACGAGCUCUGUGGGUAACACCAGUGGAGCCCCCUCCUCUGCACAGUGCCAGCGUGACACCACUGUCACCCACCUGCUCUUCCCAGUGCUCUACACCCUCAUCUUCCUCCUGGGGCUCCUGCUGAACAGCCUGGCUUGCUGGGCUUUCUUCCACAUCCCGAGCACAUCGACCUUCAUCGUCUACUUGAAAAACAUCUUGGUUUCUGAUUUCAUAAUGACCCUGAUGCUUCCCCUGAAGAUCCUGACAGACUCUGGGCUGGCGCCGUGGCAGCUCAAGGCCUUUGUCUGUCGCUUCUCUGCCGUGAUCUUCUAUGACACCAUGUACAUCAGCAUCGUGCUGCUGGGGCUCAUUGCCUUCGACAGAUUUCUCAAGAUUGUCAGGCCUUUUGGGAAGUUCUGGGUGCAAAAUCCGACCUCAGCAAAGAUCCUGGCGACUCUGGUCUGGCUCUUCUUCCUGGUUCUCUCCCUGCCCAACAUGGUCCUGUCCAACCAGGCAGCGACGCCCCAGUCCGUGAGGAAGUGUGCCUCCUUGAAGAGCCCCCUCGGACUCAGGUGGCACGAAGCUGUCAACUAUGUCUGUCAGUUCAUCUUCUGGACUGUCCUCAUCCUCAUGCUGCUAUUUUACACAAUCAUUGCCAAAAAGGUAUACCAGUCUUACCUAAAAACACAGAAGAAAGGCAACAGAAGCGAAAAACGGAUCAAGGGGAAAGUAUUCAUCAUUUUCACCGUGUUCUUCCUGUGCUUUGCCCCCUUCCACUUCAGCAGGGUGCCCUACACCGUGAGCCAAACGAGUGCCCACAUGCACUGCCGCCUGCAGAACCAGCUCUUCGUGGCCAAGGAGAGCACGCUGUGGCUGGCAGCCACCAACGUCUGCAUGGACCCCCUGAUCUACCUGGCCCUGUGCAAGCCCUUCCUGGAGAAGGUCUUCUACAGGAGGGUAAAGGCUCUGCAGAGAAGAACAGCCCAGACAAACCCAAAAACAGAACUGGACACACGAGUGUCUCCUACUGAGUCUUGAUUCUGCAGCUGCACGCUCCGCUCUGCAUCUUCAUAGAGAACUUGAAAAACAGUUUGGUUUACUUCUGCUGAGGAACAUGAAAGGGUGUUUGCCAAGUAAUAUUGACACUCAAUAAAUGCAGCAAAAUGGAUUUUCUAAGUACACUCACUGCACAGCCCUGAUGGCCAAAAGGCUCUCACUCAAAGGGCCUGAGACAAUCCACAGGUUAAUUCUACCUGCUUUAAACUAAACCAACUCACUUGCUAACACCUGAGCAGCUUUCUGGCUCUGGCUGCUCUGAAGGGCAAUCCAGCUUUAUUUGGGAGUGAACCCCAGAGCUGGUGACUGUGUGUGUCAGUAAUUCCUACCCUGAGUGUCAGCUUGGCUGCACAUCAAGAGCUGGCAAGGGCAGGAACAGAGGGAAGGACUCGGUCCCUUCCCACCCCUCCUGGCCUCUCUCACACAUGUAAUUACUUUCCUGCCACCCACGCUGUUUCACCACCCUUCCUCUCUGCUCCCACAGCACCUGGUGGAGGGCAGUGCUGGCAGUACCCCAGUUCAGAACCCCAAUUUCCAGGGACAGGCUCCUGACCAGGACAGCAGAGCAGCCAGGACUGUGCCCCCAGCCUGAGCCCUGUGGUGCUCAGCCCCACCCUACCCUCACCUGGAAGGAACACCAGAGAUGUCCCCCUUGGUGGCACCUUCACCCCUCCCAGUCCCAGCCAGGCCAGCAGAAGGGAGCAGGGGACCCUGAGCCUCCCCCUGCCCCCAGCUCACCAGGCCUCUCCCAGGGCUCUCCCCUGCCUCUCCCACAGCCACUGUGCCUGCACAGAAGCUACUUCCUAACCCCAGAUUCUGGAUUUGUGUCACUAUUUCAAGGCAGCAGUGUCCCUUAUCCCAAACCAUCCCUACUCCUCCAGCUCCCCUGCCAGCUUUACACUCUCUCACACGUGCCAGACACUUUGAUCAUUGCUAGACUGCUAUUUUUAGAAAUUCAUUGUUUACAGCAGCCUAAUCCAACCCAGCAGGUUGCUCCAUGCAGUUUGAUUUUCUCAAGCUGCUUUAGAUUGCUGUGCAUUAAUUAUCUCUGCCUCUGGGGUUCCCCAGCCUCUGCCACAUAGGGAGAUGUAUGUCUUAUUUAGCAACUUCUACCCACUACAUCUCCUCCACCAGGCAUUACAAACCUUCCACAGCUGUAACACCCUUCCUAACUGGAAACUGAACUAAUCUCCAAUCAGCUUUCAACUGGUUCUGAAUCUCCCUAUAAAUCAGUGUUAUCUCAGCCAUUGUCUACCUCUUCCAUUAAAUGCUGUUGCAUUAAAGGCUCUCCCCACACACAUUCACUGUUAACAGGAUUAACUUUGCUCCUUCAGGAAAAGUAAAUAUAAUAAAUUCUUAGCUGCUGAAGUUGUCAGCCCUUCAGUGACUGCUUAGAGGAGCACACAGGAGGCUGGAAAUGCUCCUCCCAACCUGCUGGCACAGCGUGACAAUUACCAGAGGGGCCAAGCACUGGCAGAGGAGGGUCUGUAGCCCAGCUGUGGCCUUGCACAUGGCACAGCCAGCACAGAGCUCCCAGGGACUCCCAGCACUCACAGCUUCCAGCUCCGGACUGGCACAGCAGUGGGGCAGUGAGAAACUAGGAUGAGGAACAGAAAUUUCUUUUGCUUUGUGAUUUCUGCUGGUGACCGAGGCUCAUCCAGCGCUGUGCACGCACACUGGCAGCUCACACAGCUGAGAGCCUGUGUGUUAGGGUGGGUGUAGCCACAAAAUGGGAUGAGUUGGUCCUUAAAUAAAGGGUGUGACAAAGCUU